AUGCAGGUCGCUCACAAUAAGCACCUAGGCGAACAAGAGCUUAGAAAAGAAUGUGGAAGCGAAGCAAACGCCAAAAGGGAAGAUAAGGAGCACAAUUACAAGCACUGCAAGAUUCAUGAUGAUAUUGUCGAUAAUGACGUCAACGAUGUGGAGGAAAUUCAUCGUGAGGGUUUGAAUGUGAAAGCAUCUUCUCAAUUACACGAGUUCACCCAAUUCCACAAGUUCCCGUCAGAGAUCAGAGAAAUGAUAUGGAAGCUUGCAAUAAACACUACACUCACCGAAGUCCACGAAGAUAACCGUCACUUGACUCGAUUUGGGUACCCAGAGGAGGAAGUUAUCUGGAGCUGCAAACUAAUGUUAAGGCAUGCCCAUACCAGCUCUGAAGCUCGAUGGAUUGUCGCAAGGAAAAUGUUUCGCUUUGGCGGGGAUAAAUACAAACACCUUACUGAACAAACAAUGGAUCGGUGUAUAUUUCCGGUGGUGAACGAGAUAACAUUCCGUAAAGUGGAUGAUGUGAUUACAUGCUCAAUAUUCCAUAAUUCCGCGGAAAUAUGCAAUGGGGUACGCAUAGGAAUUGUAAGUGAUGAGCGUAAAGAGGAAUGUGCAAAGCAUUUGCAAAAGCUCCUUGAAGCUUAA